AUGAACAAUUUGACCGUAACGAUUGGAACUCACUACACGCAACAACGAAAACCGUUUACACUCUAUUUGGAUAAUAGGCUUGGUGAAUAUAUUCAACAUAUCUAUCGUGUACACGACGGUCAAGAAACAGAAAUAACAUCGAAAGAUGAGACGAUUAUUCAAUAUUCCGAUACAAAUUAUCAAGUUAUAUUAAAAUUACAAGAAGCCGAAACCAUUGGACCCUAUGUCGCCUUUGUGAAUUACAGAGUGGUUCCGCAAUAA